AUGAUAACUGGCGGUUCCUCAGGCAUCGGAUAUGCAAUCGCCGAACGCUUCCUAACCGAAGGAGCCAGUAAAGUUAUCCUCGUCGGCCGCCAGCGUGAAAAGCUACAAGAUGCUUCAAGACGAUUAACUGAGUCUAUUCCUGAGUCUGAAUCUUCGAGUCAAGCCGGGGAUGUUGCUACGCGGGCCCCAGAGGAGGAUGUAGGCGAAAGAAUGACAUCGUUAGACCCGAAAAUAGAGAUUCUGGUCGGCGAUAUUUCUGUUGCGAGUGAAUGGAUGAGUGAACUUGAGAAAACUAUGACGAAUGUGGACAUUCUCAUAAACGCAGCUGGGAUAUCAGCCUCAAACAUACUCCCACGAACAUCACCGGAACACAUCUCAAACAUCCUAAAAACAAACCUCGAAGGCGCAAUAUAUACUUCUCGAGCUAUGCUCAAGGCGUGUAUGCGUGUACGCUCAAGGCAGAAGAAAGACAUUGAAUCGAAGUCUGAGACAGACCAACAACAACGGUUGUCGAAAUGCAUCAUCAACAUUUCCUCCUUGCUAGCAUUAAAGGGAGUGACGGGGACAGUCACAUAUGCCGCUUCAAAAGCCGGGCUAUUAGGAUUAACGAGAUCAAUGGCCGUUGAGACAGCUGAUAUUUUGCGAGGAGGUAAUGUUAUGCUGAGGUGUAAUGCGAUAUUACCUGGCUAUAUUGAGACGCCAAUGAUUCAAGAUUUUAGCGACCACAAGAUCAACGAAUUACGAGCUCAGAUUCCUUUGAACAGGUUCGGAGACCCAAGAGAAGUCGCUGAUGCAGCCGUCUUCCUUUCCUCUAAUGAGUACGCUAAUAACUGCGUUCUGAACCUCGAUGGCGGGUUGAGCGCAGUGUGA